AUGACGGCCUCCGUUUCGUCCGCCUUGGCUACCGCUCUGCAUCCACCUCAACCGAUCGCCACCGCGCAACCGCCUCGAGCAUCCACCGCGCAAGUCCCGGCCCUGUCCUCCCCAUUCCUCUCCUCGCGCAACACCCUCCGCGCGCCACCCCCACCCAUGCCCGCGAACAGCUUGCGCGCGCGGGCUGGGCGCGCGGGGGUGCGCGCGAUGGCGGCGAAGAAGCGUGGGAAGAUCAUGCCGGGCGCUGGCGGGGAGCUGGAGGUGGACAAGGUGUGUGCGGGCCUCCGCGCUUCCCCACUUCCCACCGCUGCCCCGCUGUUCCGCUGCUCCGCGCGCUCGUUUCCCAUUUCAGGGG